AAGGAGAAGAGAGAGCUCAGGGACUUUCGAAUAAAUUCUUAUCACAUUUGUGUUUCACACUACAACAGUAACAGUGUUUCCCGAGUGAGGACGUGUCAGCGCUCCGCUCCUCUUCGGCUAACCGCAGUUUGAAAAUAUACAUUCAUCGCACGCCCUGGAAUAUAUGUUUUGACGGCUCCCGACGACUGUCAGGCAUCAAGGAAAGUCCCUAGAGCAGGAUAUUCGAAGGACCUUAGAUGAGCCGGAUUCUAAAGCAAGAACACAAUCCAAUUGCAUGAGGACAUAGACCAACUCGCACCCAAUCACCGACCGCUUAGUGACACAACCACGGCCUCCAAAUGAAGAUGGCAUCCCAACGAUUCUGCUUGCGGUGGAACAACCAUCAGAGCAACUUGCUGUCCGUUUUCGAUCAGCUGCUCCACGCAGAAACCUUCACAGAUGUGACGCUGGCCGUCGAGGGGCAAUACCUAAAGGCACACAAGAUGGUGCUAUCUGCAUGCAGUCCCUACUUCAAUGCCCUGUUCGUAAACCAUCCGGAAAAACACCCGAUUGUCAUUCUGAAAGACGUGCCCUACUCGGACAUGAAGUCCCUGCUGGACUUUAUGUACAGAGGCGAAGUGUCCGUGGACCAGGAACGACUCACUGCAUUCCUGCGCGUGGCCGAGAGCCUGCGCAUCAAGGGCCUCACCGAGGUCAAUGACGACAAACCCUCGCCGGCGGCAGCUGGAGCGGCAGCAGGCGCAGGGGCUGGAGCCGCCGGCUCCGAGAACACGCCCACUCCCCCCCAGCUGCAGCGCAUCCAGCCGUACCUGGUGCCACAGCGGAACCGUGCGCAGGGCGGCGGUCUGCUGGCCAGCGCCGCUACUGCCGGAAACACCCCCGCCCUGCCGGUGCAGCCGUCGCUGCUCAGCUCAGCCCUGAUGCCCAAGCGGAAGCGUGGCAGGCCUCGCAAACUGUCGGGUAGUUCGAACGGCACUGGCAACGACUACGACGAGUUCGAGCGGGAGAACAUGAUGAACGACUCCGACCUGGGCAACGGCAAAUUGGGCAAUGACUCCUACUCCGGCAACGAUGACGGCUCCGACGACAACCAGCAGGAUGCAGGCCACACAGACGACCUUAAUGAAAGCCACGAUUCUCUUCCCACGAAACGGUCUAAGAACGCAAAGGAUCACCGCAUUGCGGCCCAGCAAGAGGACAACAGCACUUCCGAUGGCAACGACAGCGAUGGCGACGCAAUGGACACCUCUUACAUGGAGCCCCAGCUGAUGCUGGACGAGUACGACGAGCCCGUGGAAUUCAAGUACAACCCGUUGACGGAAAACAGCUCCCCAACGCAGGACCAGACGGACGGAAACCAGCACCUCAACGAACAGGCACGUCAACAGGCUUUCCUCAUCGCCGCCCAGCGAAAGCACCAGGCGGAAGCAGCGGCUGCGGCGAGUGGAGGCAUCAAGCUGAACAUUCUGGGCAUGGCGGCUGGAGGGGCACAGGUGAAGAGCAUGGUUAGCAUACCCAAACUGACACCCAUUGGAAAGGCCAACGCAGCCUCAACGCCUCUGGUGUCGCCUGCCUCCUCCUCGGUGACGGGAACUCCCAAGGCGCGCGUCCAGAAGCGGGCCAAGCUAAGCAAACAGAACGGCGACGUCAAGCCGGUGUUCACCAGCCAGGAAUACCUCGAUCUGUACAACAGCAACGAUGGCUUCAAGUUCAAAGCAGGCUCGCUGAGUGGCAGUACGCCGAACCUGAGCUCUGGAGUGGGCACCCCGUCCGUGAAGACCAAGCUGAACCUGAGCAGCAAUGUGGGCGAGGGCGAGGCAGAGGGCUCCGUGCGCGAUUACUGCACCAAAGAGGGCGAGCACACGUACCGGUGCAAGGUCUGUUCGCGUGUCUACACGCACAUCAGCAACUUCUGCCGGCACUAUGUGACCUCGCACAAGCGGAACGUGAAGGUGUACCCGUGUCCGUUCUGCCUAAAGGAGUUUACGCGCAAAGACAACAUGACGGCGCACGUAAAGAUCAUCCACAAAAUCGAGAAUCCCUCCACCGCCCUGGCGAGUGUGACAGCCCUGGGCGGCCAGGCACUGACCGUAUCAGCGGGAUCGACGCCACCGCCUCCGGACCUGAGUGGCCAGAACUCGAAUCAGUCGCUGCCCGCCACCAGCAAUGCUCUUUCCACCUCCUCCUCCUCGUCAACGUCCUCGUCCAGCGGGUCUCUGGGACCGCUGACGGCGGCCACCACACCAGCCGCUUCCGCCGCCGCGGCGCAGUAAUCUCUCCAAGACACAAAAUCGGAAACGGAAAAAUCAAUGCGGAGGUUGAUACAAAAUCGGAAGAAGAGAGUCCAGAAUAAGCAUAGUAGCGCCAGGCGCCAGGCGCCAUUCGGGAUAUUUUUUCGUUGCGGAAGGGAAGCUUAAGCAGUUAAAGUAGAUUUUUUUGUUGAUUUUGUUUUUUAGUUUUUUACUUGGCUUUGACUAUUAUUUAAUUUUUUUAUAUGAACAUGCCCGCCGGCAACAUGGAAAUCUCCAGAGCCAGCCCGCUAAGUGGCCUCAACCCCAUUUGUAUGUUGUGCAAUUAUUUCAAUUACAAUAACAAUUAACUACAAUAAUAUUUCGACCUGAACUCUUGUUUUGUAAGCCGAACCGUAGGCCUAAGCAAUACCCGAUCAGACACAAUGAUUUUCCAAUACCCACUACCGCUACAAAGUACGAUUACCACCCGUAGUUUCGAUCAGUAGUCCAAGACGCAAAAUCAAGUACUUGUGGCUGACACUAUCCAUUUAAGCAUAUUAUUGGACACCGGAGCGGCCUUAUAAGUAAAGUGUAUCCUGGAAAGGGCGGUUACACUAAAAAAGAAACAACCGAAACUAAACCUGCACUUUUAGAUAAUUAAACUAUAUAUACACACAGAUGCAUAUGUUAUAUAUAACUAUCUAUAAACAUUGAAUGGUAUGUCUAGCCGUAGUUCUAUUAAUUAAUUUAUCAUUAUCACUAUGUUCUGUACGCUAAAGGUAAUACUAUCUAGUGUAGGAGCAGAGAUAUAAGAACGGAAUGAGGAAAAUCAAUUAUUGUUAAUUAUGCGAGAGGGAGCGCAAAUCUACCUUGUUGCCUUCAAAUGAAGCUAGUUAAAAGUUAAACCCGAGUCUGGGCCACGGUCUGUGAGGACCCCCAGUACCCGCAUUCCCGCUCACCCCCACACACCCGCUCGAGCGCAGGUCCCUCAGGCCGACGAAGGAUUGCAAAUGUUUCGCCGGACCGAUAUCGGGGCCGAGUGUGUCGAGUCGAUCAUUAAUACUUUUGUAACUACGGAUAGUAACAGCAACAAUAAUAAUUGUAAUGAUAACGAUAACGAUAACAGUAAUAUUAAUGAGCAUAACGUAAACCUAAUUUAUCAAUCUAUUAAACGAUUUAUGUUGUAUAUCGGAGGCUUAAAUUAUCGCCAAAGAAAAUGAAAAUCAAAAACAAACCUAACACGAAGCAGUUUCCACCCAACACACAGCAAUAAGGACAGCAAGCAGCCAAUACAAAUCAGAGGAACAUUGUUGUUGAAGCAAAACGAUCUCCAAUAAAAAGAAUACGAAAAAGGUUAAAAAUACGCACUUUAAUUAACCCAUUACUCCUCAAGUCAAGUUUUUUUUUUUUUGAAAAAAGCAUUGAAAACCGGAAAACUGCACGGGAAAACAGACAAGAAACAAAAUUAAACAAUAACGCAAUCAAUCAAUAAACAAGCUGCGUACGCUAAUUUAUUAAAUAAUUUUUGUUUUUAAUUCUUUAUUUAGUGGUAGCUAGUGCAAUUUAGUCAGUAAGCCGCCGUCUCCCACACACGCCCUAUAACCUAUAACCUAUAACCUAUAACCCAUAACCAUCGCCAAUAUCCAUCCACCCGACCCGACCAGAAACACUCUCUUUUGGCGUUAAUUUAAAACAAUCAAUACGUUGUUUGUACUAUAUUUACUUUAUUUUUAGUCUACUUUUUAUAUGAAUAUGUUUACAUAUAUUUUUGCACUCAAAGAACUAAACUUUCAGCAAUUUUCUCGCUUUCAACAAACAAAAACAAAUUCAAGUCCAAAUCUCGAAAUCUUUACGAGAAUAAUCUUCAGAUAUGCAUGUAUAUAUCGAUCUAUACAUCCAUAUAUAUACAUAGUGAGAGUCAUGCUUUGAUGCCCAAAGAAAAUACGAGAUAUAUGUUCAGAUAUAUCUCACCAGAUCUUUCCAGAAUGCAAGGACACUGCUUGCAUGCGAAAAUGAGAAAAUUGUCUGGAAUUGUUGGUAAACAUGGUUUCCGUUAAAAUUAGCUAAUUAGAUACACUACGAUAUAUGAUAUACUUUAAACAUAAUUACAAAUUAGUGAAUCACACGCAAUAUUAAUCAAGCAGAACAUUAUAUAUUAUCGUUUAAAACUGACCAACAGAGGAGGAAUAAAAUACACAAUGCAAAUAAAAAUAAAAAUAAAAAACUU